CAAACCCGACCGAACCCACCCAUCAGCAUGUCUGAACCCAGGUACCGCGACUGGAUUUUGGAGACUAUCGACUCGCUACGGUCUAGAAAAGCCAGACCGGACCUUGAAAGAAUAUGUCGAAUGGUCCGGAGGCGACACGGGUCAGACCCAGAUAGAACCCGUUCAGAACUGGAAAAACUGAUCCAAGAGCAAACAGUGUUGAAAGUUAGCUACAAGGGCUCAAUAUCCUAUCGAAACGCGGCCAAGGUGCAGAGAAAGAGCCGAAAAAAGACUGAGCCGACGACCGGCAGUGGCGGAUCAGUGGGGGAACAAACCAAACACGCCAAUUCCAACAACAACGGCGACAGUGCGCACAGUCCCACAGAGACGAAGGAGACCGGAGGCAAAGACUCGGAACUGACUAAGACGAGCCAGUACUGUAACCCACAGCUUAAAACCACGGCCAUCAUCGCCGAGAAAAAUGAAGCGGUUCUGGUCCCGGCUAGCGGAAACAGUUGUCUUAGCUGUGGCGCAGCGGUUUGCAAGAGUCAAGCUCGCUGUGCAGCCGGGAGCGGCGGCGUGAAAGCAAGUGCACCGAAAGACAAGAAACUGCCGCAGACGGAGGGCAGGAGCGCUUCGCCCGCUCGGGAUGCGAGCGCCAGCGACGAUAAUGGAAGCGGAGCGUCCGGCAGGACCAGGGGGGCUCGAGGAGUGGAAGCGGGCUUGUCCGGGCACGAGGGCAGUAAUGACAAGGAAAAGAAAACUUGCACGAGCGCUAGUGCCAGCAACAGCCACCCCCCGGGGCACAGGCAGCAAGCGUCGCACAAGCCCAAACUCCGCGUCGGAGCGAAGGCAGGGAGUCGCGGCGGGGCUGACCCGACGAACCCAGAUCUGGGCGACCGCCUGGUGGCCUCUGUGCGAAGCCUGGCCGAGAGGAGUCGAGGAACCGCCGCAGCCCGGGGGCACACGCCAUUGGGCUUGAAGGAGAUACUGGGUUUCCUGAGCUCUCAAGAGCGCCUAUCGCAGGAAAAGCUGACCCGCAGCAAAGUCAAAGUGGUGCUGGAAAGAGAGGUGGCAAGAGGUCGACUACGGAGGACCAGGUUUGGGAACAUCACCCUCCCGGUGCGGGGAGUGGGAGCGGCGAAGCCGUCCGCGCGUCUACUAAAGAGCGCACUGCAGGAUAGACAUAUGGCGAAAAAGGUGGAGGUUAAAAAGGUGGAAGCCAUGGAGACGGAACGUGGCGAGGAGGGGGGGGGCGGAGAAGUCUCAGGACGGGGGCGACGGGGGGCCCGGUUCGCCUGGGGGCCAGGAGAGGGGGGCGCCUGGUGCCUCGACCCUGUCCCCAUGGAGCAGUCGGAGACGCCGCAGGCGAAGGCCGAGGCCCUCGCGGGGUGCGGCGUCGGCGCUGAUGUAGCAGACCUCAGCAGCCCCAAAGGGAAGCCGCAGCCCUCCAGCUCCUCCGGCCCUGUGUGUCCCAGUGCCUCCUGCUGCAGUGAGAACAUGCACGGAGAGCUCCAGGUGGAUGCAGGUGGCCUGGAAGUGGGGGUGCAGCCAAGGGCCGUCUGCCCCUCUGUACAGAGAGAGACGGCGAAGGGGGCGGAGGAGGUGAGGAUGGAGGAGAGCGCCGUGACGCCCGACCAGCUGGUCUCUGAGUCGCAGGAUCAGGUUAUGGCGGUGACAGAGGGCGGGAAUCUCACCUCUUCCGUUCCUGCUGAAAGCUGUUCAGGCUGUAAGAUGGAGGUGGGCGAGGCAUCCUGUCUGCUGACCCCCACGGCCUCUCCGCGGGACUUGGGGGCGAUGGAGGAACGAGCGAUGAACGGAGGAGUUUUCGUGAAGGCCGAGAGGAGCAGUCAGAACCCGGUGGAGUGGAGCGUGGCCGAUGUGGCGAGCUACUUCACGGAGGCGGGAUUCCCCGAGCAAGCUGCAGCCUUCAGGAUGCAGGAAAUUGAUGGGAAGUCCCUCCUCUUGAUGCAGCGGAAUGACGUGCUGACCGGCCUGUCCAUCAGACUGGGCCCUGCCCUCAAGAUCUACGAGCGUCACGUUAAGGUGCUGCAAAGGACUCACUUCCAGGACGACGGCGCCCUCUGCUGAGAGACCUCCAAACAGAGAUGAACACGCAGAAGUGAACAUUUACAAGCACACUCACAGACACAGGAGCUUUUAAAUAUACACACAGAUAUUUCUGCUUGCACACAC